GCACGCCGAAAGGCGAGACAGUGUUUCAUAUUUUCUUCGAAAUGAUCCUGUUCAUUAGUAUUAAAUUUUUGGCCGCUUUAACAACCGUCCUUGCGUUUCUCAUCAGCCUUGCUGAGCCUCAAUGCAAUCCUCAAACCGUCGUCCACGACACGACUACCAUCUUUGAAUUCGACCAGGAACUCGGAAUUUGCAGGGAUGACCAAUUUGAGUGUCGAAACGGUGAAUGCAUCGAUGAUCAAUUUCUGUGCGACGGAAGAGCCGACUGUUCGGAUCAGAGCGACGAGACUCGGUCCGAAUGCUCAAAGCCAGAACUGAUUUGUCCGAGGCGAUCGUAUCGCUGCGAUUACGGUGCCUGCGUCCACGAAAAUGCGGUUUGCAACGGCGUCCGGGAUUGCCUCGACAACAGCGAUGAACUCCUUGCAGAGUGUCCAAGACCUUCGUUGAAACGCAGGCGUCUGAUUUUCUCGAGAUUUUCUGACGAAAGCGAUCAAGAAAAAACGCCAGCGCAACGCAAGAUUCCGCGCGGAACCAGGGAUCGAAUAAGAGGAAGGACGCCGGUCUUACCUGGAGGCCAGACAGGAAUUUCGAGGCCAUUGAGACCGUCAACAUCCCAAACCCCGAUCAGCGAUGUCAAUCCAUUGAUAUCACUGAUGUACUCGUUCUGCAUUGUGCCGCCGCAGCCUCUAAAUGGACGAUGGAGGCUUCAUAGAAGAUUUUGUCAGGGUGACGAAGAUUGCGAUAUUCCUCAGGGUGUCGCGUUGAAGCCUGGUAGCCAGCUAUUGUACUCCUGUGAUGCGGAAUUUAGAGUCAAAGGAAACACCGACGUUUUUUGUGGAUCCGGAGGAAAGUGGUCGCGAAUUCCAGUCUGCAUAGCUAGCACAUGCACUCCCUUGAACUCGGUUUCAAGGGCAGCUACUUGUUCCCGUUUUGGGGAACGCGUCAGCUGCUUGGCCCCCAUUCUUCCACUCACAAGAGCGAAGGUUACAUGCCGGGUAAAUUACGGAUUGGAAUCGCAACCUGUGCCGACCCUCGUUGAACAGGAUGUCGAAUGCAAUCAAAACGGAAGGUGGGAGCCGGAGCCCAUUACGUGCCAACCAAUUUGUGGUGUGGAAAAUCGUUCUGGACAGAAACGGGUUACAGUUGACGGGGUCUCCGUAGAAGCUGGGGGUUUUCCUUGGCACGCGAAUCUUUGGAAAGAAAUCGUAACCGCCAGAGGAUCCGAGCUCGAGUUCCGGUGCAGUGCGACCAUUGUUCAGCCCAACUUCGUGCUCACCGCAGCUCACUGUGUCCUCGACGAAAUAUCAGGGGUACAAGAAGAUCCUACGGUUUUGCGGGUCACCGCUGGAAAUAUUUAUCGAGAUCCAAAUGAUAUACCAACCGUUCCGUGGAUCGUUCAGAAGGUAAAAAACGUGUAUAGAUAUUGCGAGUACUAUGGCCUGGUGCACAGCUACGCCUCGGACAUAGCUCUGAUCGAGCUGUCGCAACCUUUUGAGACAUCGGCUGUAAUCCUUCCCGCUUGUCUAGACGUCUCCAGUCAAAGUGAACAAAAUUUCAAACUCGGUGUUGUAGGAAAGAUCGAUGGAUUCGGUAGAAAUUCUAUUAAAGAAUCUAGUCCGAUGCUUCAAACUCUGAAAGUCAGUCAUGUCUCCAACAGUGAGUGCAGAACGCCGUACAAAGGAUUUGGGAACGAAGUGGUAGUCAACAAUGAUGAGUUUUGCGGUGCUUAUUCUAACGAUACGACUGUCUGUGGCUGGGACACGGGGGGUGGGUUGGUGGUAGAAAAAGACGGACUCUGGCAUCUGAUGGGAAUUUACAGCGUGGGCCUUCGCCUUUCGGCUCCGACAACCGGCACAAAUUGUCGUGACAAUCCAUACUCGCUAUACACGAAGAUAUCCGCCUACAUGCCGUGGAUUCAGGACGUUUUCUUCCAAUUGGAGCGAUACAAGUCUUAUCCUGUGUGCAGAUUCUAUGUGUAUCCACCGGCACUCACGACCACCGUAACGUCGACUUUGCCACCGUCCGUAACGUGGAACAUGACGUGGGAUACCAGCACUUCUUCAACGCCACCGCCAACGACAACGUCAACGUCAACGUCAACGCCAACGCCAACGCCAACGCCAUUGCCAACGCCAAUGACGACAACGACGACGACGACAACCUCCACAACCACUUCGACGCCCAUUGAAAUGAGAAUGCCGCCAGAUGUGGGAAACAUGUCCUGUCUGGUACCGUCGCAACCUGCCAAUGGAGAAUGGAAGCUUCUCUGCCCAGAGAACGAGCGUUGCAACGUUCCUGAGGGUGCUGCACUGGGACCUGGAAGUCAGCUGGUGUACAGUUGCCUACCUGGAUUUCGAAUCAACGGGAGUGCUGACGUUUACUGCGGACUACAGGGACGCUGGUCAUCGAAACCCACUUGCAAUGCAAUCACCUGCCCCUCUCUGGAGUCUCCUUCAAGGUCAGUGUCUUGCUAUCAGUUGAAUCAUUGGACGCCGUGCGGCUCUUCAUCGUUACCAAAUAUCACGGCUUCACUCUCGUGUCGCUCUGCUUUCACGGAAGAUGCGAGUUUACCGAACGCCGGCAGUAAAUCUGUGACGUGCAACAUCACGUGUUCCUUGAAUUUGGUUUCAGUUUGUGGAUUAACAAACACCGCACUCACUCCGACCGUGCUGAAUGGCACCGCGGCUGAUAUCACAGAAUUUCCGUGGCAUGCGACGUUGUACAAACAAAAAAGAGCGUCUCAGGAUCCUAAAGAGUUCCAGUGCGGUGCAACGAUAAUCCAGGAAAAUCUUCUGCUGACCGCCGCUCAUUGCGUUUAUAAUGAUGCAUUCAAUACGGUUGAGGAACCUGAAAAAUUUCACGUGGUUACCGGAAACAAGUUCCGUGAUUAUGACUCUAAGCUUCACGAUUCGAGGGUAGUUCAGAAAGCUGCGGUGAAGAACAUCUACGUCCCUUGCUCGUACCGAGGACUCGAGGGCAAUUAUAAUUCCGACAUCGCGAUCAUCGAGUUGCGCAUGCCGUUUCAAUUGUCCGGUAUUUUAAUCCCGGCUUGUAUGGAUGUCUUGGGUAACAACGAGCAGAUACUGGAAACCGGAUCGGUCGGAAGAUUUGCUGGAUUUGGUAGAACGCAAACUGGCUUGUCAAGCGCAACCCUUUUGACUACGAAAAUCCCCUACGUAUCUUACAGGCAGUGCAAAAUGUCCGACAGUCCCGAGGAAAACAUAGCGUUGAUAGGAAACGACAAGUUCUGUGGCGGAAACCGAGAUGGGACGGGAGCUGUUUGCCAAGGUGACAGCGGUGGUGGUCUGGUAUUCGAAGCUGAGGGAAAGUGGAAUGUUAUGGGAAUUUUGAGCGUCAAUUUAGGGACAGAUACGUCGAACGGAGAGAGAACCUGCGACGGUAAAACCUACUCCCUUUACACCAAGGUUUCCAGUCAUAUGUCGUGGAUUCGGCAUGUCAUGUAUAACAUAGAGCAUUCCAAAACUUCCGAGUCCUGCGGUAGCGAGUAGUACUUGUGCGUAUAUUUAUAC